CCACUGCAAUUGACUCCGAAAGCAAAUAAAAAAAAAUAAAAAAAAUAUAAAGACAGAGAGAGACAGAAAAUCAAAACGAAAAUCGUCUCCGUUUCUAGGUCAAAAUCCAAACCACCGCACCCACCGGCACCGGCACCACCGAAAACGACGCCGUUCACCACCCUUGCUUCUGCACCGGUCUAAUUUUUUAUUUUUUAUUUCCUAUUGCUGAUCGACUGAAGGCGGCGACUUCCGUCGGCGGUGGGGACCACUCCUUCCGGUGACUCUCCGGUGGCCGGUUGCAUUCGCUGGGGACUUUUUGCCUGACUAUGAAGAAGAACCAAAACGGCGGCACCAAGGUCGUUCAGAGUAAUCAUCACCAUCACGCCAAUAACAAUGGCUUCCUUCCGAAUUCUCUCAAAUUCAUUUCUUCUUGCAUUAAAACUGCAUCUUCCGGCGUAAGGUCGGGCGCCGCCUCCGUCGCCGCCUCCAUCACCGCCGACCCUCACGAUUGCCGAGACCAGGUGUUGUGGGCUUGCUUUGACAAACUAGAGCUUGGUCCAUCUUCCUUCAAACAUGUUCUGCUACUCGGUUAUUCCAAUGGCUUUCAAGUCCUUGAUAUUGAAGAUGCCUCUAAUUUCAGUGAACUUGUAUCAAGGCGUGAUGAUCCAGUUACAUUUUUACAGAUGCAGCCCCUGCCUGCAAAGUGUGAGGGUCAAGAAGGAUUCAGAUCCUCACAUCCUAUUCUCAUGGUUGUUGCAUGUGAUGAAAAGAGCUCAGGUAUGAUGCAAACAGGGAGAGAUGGGUUGGUCAAUGGUCAUUCUGAGCCUCAAACAGGAAACUCUGCUUUGUCUCCAACCGCUGUUCGGUUUUAUUCGCUGAGGUCUUGCAGUUAUGUUCAUGUUCUAAGAUUCCGUUCAACUGUGUAUAUGGUUAGAUGCAGUCCUCAAGUAGUAGCUGUGGGUCUUGCAUCACAAAUAUACUGCUUUGAUGCUGUCACUCUUGAGAACAAAUUCAGUGUCCUCACUUAUCCUGUCCCCCAAUUGGGAGUUCAAGGACUGGUUGGGGUCAAUAUUGGGUAUGGUCCAAUGGCUGUUGGUCCCAGGUGGUUGGCUUAUGCUUCCAACAACCCUCUGAUGUCAAACACAGGCCGCCUCAGUCCUCAAAGUCUUACUCCUCCUGGUGUAAGUCCAUCAACUUCGCCAAGUAGUGGGAAUCUGAUGGCUCGAUAUGCAAUGGAAUCUAGUAAACAGUUAGCUUCUGGGUUACUUAAUCUUGGAGACAUGGGUUACAAAACUUUGUCCAAGUACUAUCAAGAUCUUGUACCGGAUGGUUCUAACUCUCCUGUGUCAUCAAAUUCUAGCUGGAAAGUUGGGAAGGUUGCAUCACUGUCAACCGAAACAGAUAUUGCUGGAAUGGUUGUUAUAAAAGACUUUGUUUCCAGAGCCAUUGUAUCACAGUUCAGGGCACAUACUAGUCCCAUUUCUGCCCUGUGUUUUGACCCAAGCGGGACUCUUCUAGUUACUGCUUCAAUACAUGGAAACAAUAUAAACAUUUUUCGAAUAAUGCCAUCCUGCUCACGUAAUGGAUCAGGCACUCAAAGCUAUGACUGGACUUCUUCUCAUGUGCACCUUUACAAACUACAUCGUGGCAUAACAUCUGCUGUGAUCCAAGACAUUUGUUUUAGUCAAUACAGUCAAUGGAUCACAAUUGUUUCAUCCAGGGGGACUAGCCAUAUUUUUGCUUUGUCUCCAUUCGGUGGUGAAACUGUUCUUCAAAUACAGAAUUCUCAUGUUGACGGACCUACUCUUUCACCGGUUCCAUCUGCACCAUGGUGGUUUACUCCAUAUUUUACAAGAAGUCAGCAACUCUUUUCUCCACCUCCAGCAGCUACCCUUUCUGUAGUUAGCAGAAUAAAAAAUAACUGUGGGUGGCUCAACACUGUUAGUAAUGCUGCAUCUUCUGCAGCAGGAAAGGCUUCCUUUUGGUCUGGGGCUGUUGCCGCUGUAUUCCAUAGUUCUGUACCUCAUGACAUGCAAUCUUCCCAUGCGAAGGUCACUGCGUUGGAGCACCUAUUGGCUUAUACUGCUUCUGGUCAUGUAAUUCAGUAUAAACUACUGCCUUCGUUGGGAGGAGAGCCAGGCAACGCUGCUUCGAGAGCAGGGCCAGGUUCUUCAGUACAGAUACAGGAUGAAGAAUUGCGAGUGAAAGUUGAAUCUCUUCAUUUCUUGGAUGUUUGCCGCAGAAAUGAUUGGCCUGAAAGAGAGGAAUGCAUUUCUGGGGUUAUACUUGGGAAACAAGAAGAUAUUGAUACAAUUGAUAGUUCUGACUGUGAUGACAAUGAUGUUGGGGAUAAGGAGUUGGCAAAACCCCUUGAACGAUCUCAUGUGUAUCUCUCCAAUGCUGAGGUUCAGAUCAAUUCCGGAAGGAUUCCAAUCUGGCAAAAGUCUAAGAUAUAUUUCUAUACAAUGAGUCCAUGUGCUGCUGGUGAGCUGAAUUUUGGUAGAGAUCUUAGCCCCGGAGAGAUGGAAAUAGAGAAGGUUCCUGGUCAAGAGGUUGAAAUGAGGCGGAAGGAUUUGCUACCUGUUGUUCAUCCUUUUCAUAGGUUUCAGUCUGACUGGAAUGGCAGGCAUCUAAUUGGACGAGGAUCCUCGAGUUCAUCUUCUGAUUCUCAUGAAGAUAAAGAAAAGUUUCAGGAAAAUUCUGGUAUUUCUGGUGAGAAUUUGACAUCUAUUGGCUCAGCUGAAAAUGGUAACCCAGAUGCUGGUAAUUCCUAUCCAUAUAUUCUCCAACCUGGAAAUGGACAGAAUGGCGAAAAAAGAGGGAGAUCAUUUUCGGUAUCACCUCACUUGAACUAUAUCUCCACAAAGAAAAAUAUUACUUCAGUAUCCCUGAAACAACCUACCUCAGGUGUUUCUGUUGGUGAGGAUGGUAAUUUUUCAAAGUGUCUAUCCACUUUAACAAGCGGCUCCCCUUCAGCUGAUAGAACAAUUGCAACAAGGGUUCAGUCGGUGAAUAGUGGUGGGGCCAGUGAAGGUUCCAAUGUAAGUUCUAACCGUUAUGAUCGUAGUAUGAACAUGCUGGAUGAGGGACCAGUACAUGAAUCACCGGAUUUUGAGCCUUUUUUCCAAGAGGGGUAUUGUAAAGCAUCACCUCUGAGCAAUUUUCGUGAGUCGACUGAAGUUGUAACUGAUGUAGACAGCCCCUGUGAUAGGGAGAAAUGCGAGGAAGAUGGUGAUAGUGAUGACAUGCUUGGUGGUGUUUUUGCCUUCUCCGAGGAAGGAUGAUGUACCUCCCGGUGCCCGAAUCGCACUGAAGGAAUCCGAACUUUCCUUAUUUUCCACGAGUAUUGUAAAAACGAUUGGUCAAAGCUCGGCCAAAUGCCAGUAUUGAAAUUUAAUUGAUGAAGUUUCAGGUUGUUUAUUUUCGACAUUGGAAACGCUACUGACCAAUUGAUGCACGCGAUGUAAUCUUUGGAUCGUCGCCGUCGUAGUGCCGCUGGGGCAAAUGCCUGGUACUUCCCUUCUAAUUCUCAUUGUAUAUGUUGUCAAUUGACAUUCAUAAAUAGAAAUGAUGUGUGGACAGGUUCUUUUAUGUGUUGUAUAACAUUGUUCAUUCUUCAAGGAAAAGAAAAAUAAAAGAAUAAAGAGAAUUUAAAGAGAACA